CUUGUUUUCUUCUAUAAAAUGUAAAAGCACGACACUGUUUUAAAAGUGCAUAAAAAAUCAUAAUUAAACAUAAAAUUUAAAUAUUUUUUGCUUAUCCAAAAACUGGAAAAUUUUCUUGCAAAUUCUCUUUCUGAAUACCAGUACCUACCAACCAAACAACAUUCUUAUCUUAUCAUUCGACUUAUGACCUGUUUAAAUAAUUCGAAACAAAAAUUUAAUUAGUUCUAAGGCAUCAGUAGUUUCUUUAUAUUAUUUAUUGUAUUAUAUAAAGUACAAAUACAUUUUGAAUAUGUCAGAUCUGGUAAGCAUAUUGGAAUUUGAAGAACACGCUUACAAAUCUUUACCAAGAAAUGUCUUGGAUUAUUACAGAAGUGGUGCUGGUAAACAGGAGAGUUUGAAAGCUAACAGAGCAUCUUUUAACAAGUUUAAAUUGAGACCAAGAUGCUUAAGAAAUGUAGAAAAAAGAGAUUUGUCCACUAUCGUCUUGGGACACAAAGUGUCUAUGCCCGUAGGAAUUGCUCCAACUGCUAUGCAAAAGAUGGCCCACCCACAAGGAGAAUGUGCCAAUGCCCGAGCUGCUCAAACUUUAGGAACGAUAUUUACCCUGAGUACCCUAUCUACAAGUAGUAUCGAAGAAGUAGCUCGAGCAGCUCCCCAUGCUAUUAAAUGGUACCAACUGUAUAUUUACAAAGACAGAAAUGUGACCCGUGAUUUGGUAAUGAGAGCAGAAACAGCUGGAUAUAAAGCUUUAGUUCUUACUGUUGAUGCUCCAAUCUUCGGUAUGCGUUUAGCAGAUUUGAAAAAUAAAUUUAGCCUACCUUCUCAUCUUACUUUGGCCAACUUUCAAGGCCUCAAAGCAACAGGUAUACAAAAUAGUAAGCAAGGUUCAGGUUUGAACAACUAUGUCACUGGUCUCUUCGAUGCAACACUCAAUUGGGAAGAUGUUAAAUGGUUGAAAAGUAUCACCAGCCUACCCAUAGUUCUUAAAGGUAUUUUAACAGCCGAAGAUGCCAUUCUAGGAGUAGAAGCAGGUGCUUCUGCUAUACAAGUUUCCAACCAUGGUGCCAGGCAGAUCGAUGGAACAGCCUCAUCGAUCGAGGUUUUGCCCGAAAUAGUCAAAGCUGUAGGCGACAAAGUUGAAGUAUACUUCGAUGGUGGUGUCACCGAUGGAACAGAUGUCCUUAAGGCUGUCAGUUUGGGAGCUAAAAUGGUCUUCGUUGGACGCGCUGCCUUGUGGGGAUUAGCCUAUAAUGGUCAGGAAGGAGUUGAAAAGAUUCUUAAUAUUCUUAAGUCUGAUUUGUCUACUGCAAUGGCACUAUCAGGCUUUUCCAAAAUUAGCGAAUUAGAACCAAAUUUGGUAGUCCAUGAAUCUUAUUAUUCAAAAUUAUAAGUCUUAAAUUAUUGUACUUAAUUUACGGGGUAAAUAUAAUAAUUAUAUUUUAUA